CAUGAGGGGACCUACAGGUGCUACGGCUCAAACAGCACCUCCCCCUACCUGUUGUCACUCCCCAGUGACCCCCUGGAGCUCCGGGUCUCAGGUUUCAAGUGGUACCUGAAGCCUCUGAUCUGGGUCUCAGUAGCCUUCGUCCUGCUGCUCUCCCUCCUCCUCCUCCUCCUCCUCCUCUUCCGGCACCGGCGUGAGGGCAAACACAGGAUGUCGGUGGCUGCAGCGUCAGCGCCUGAGGACAAAGGCCUGCAGAAAAGCUCCCGCCCCGCUGCUGAGAUCCAGGAGGAGAACUUGUAUGCUGUCAUAAAAGACACAGAGCCCGAGGAGGACAGACAGCUGGACAUUCAGGCUGUGACAUCUGAAGACACCCAAGACGUGACCUAUGCCCAGCUGAACCACCUGACCCUCAGACGGGAGACAACUGCACCCCCUUCCUCCCCGUCAAGGGAGUCCCCUGAUGAGCCCAGUACGUACGCUGCUCUGGCCACCCACUAGCCCAGGACAAGACGCAGACGCCACUCCCAGGAAGGGGCCUGCAGAGACCCCAGAGGGCACUGGAGCUACCCCCAGGGACGCCCAGCUAAUGAACUCCAGCCCCUUGGAGACUUAAUGUGGGCCAUCAGGAGCUUCUGGGCCCUUGCCGCCUGGGAUUCCACCAACAUUACAAAGCUGAUCUUAGUCCCUACUAAGGGACCCCAAUGACUGCAGGGAUCCCAUGGAACUGCUCAAGGCCAUAUCACACAAACGGCAACCUUGGGGUGGGAGGGGGGGAGGGCCUACCGCCCAGCCCUUCAGCUCAAGGAUUGGAGGCUUCACAGCAAUUUGGCAGUGUCAAUGGAUCCUGAGUCUCUGUGAAGCUGGGUGGGCACUUAAUUGACCUGAGCCCAACCGCCCCCAGACAGGGACCAACCACAGCGUGCAGGGCGGCUGCAAUCGCUUAGGGGUUGCUCAAUUCCAAGUGUUUCACAUUUCCUGAGACCAAGCCCCUUCUUCCUGAGGCUUUUCAAGGCAGAGAAAAGGGAAGCCAAGCCUGCUCCCUCUGAUCAUGUGUUCAGAAACUCCAAAUGCUGGGGGUGGGGGGCGGGCAGGUGCAGGGAACCUCAGAAGUCCCAAAUUAGUCCCCACUAAUCUGGACUUACUAUUUCCCACUUCACUGAACUCACAUCUUAGGAAUAAAACCAGGAACUUGCCCAUCAACCACACCCUAAGCUUUGAAAUCAGCCUACAGGUUUCAUCAAAUGCUCCCCACCAAAAAUGCAAUUAAAGUAUUUCAUCUUCACCAGCAACUCCUCCCUGGUGGGCUAUCCUUGAUGGGCUCAGUCAGAAAGCCAGGGGUCAGGGUUAAAGGGCCGGAAAUCCAGGCUGGCCCUUACCUUCAC